CGCGCUUUGUGGCUCCGGGGAGCGGGACGGACGGACGGGCGGCGCCGCGCUGGGCCCGGAGAGGCGGCGGCGGCGGGCGGGCGGGCACUGUGGCCAACCGUCUUGCUGGCAUGCUGCGUGAGAGCCUUUUUCCUCGUGGGCACAUCCAGGAGCGCCCAGUCUUCAGUGCAGCUUCUCGUGGGAGAACAUUCCACCCAAGGGCUCUUCGGGAUGAGGCUGUGUGAUUCCAGGGCAGGCCUGUAACCCUUCCCCACCAACAGCAUCGAAUAAGUCCACAUGACUUUGGGUCUGCAGCCAGGACUGAUUUUUGAACCUUUCUAUUGCCGCCGCUGCUGAAGAGUCAGCUGUUCUGGCUUCAGCUUCCCCCGGCUCCUUUUGGCUCAGGGACCCCGAUGUUUUCCUCGGGAGCGGAGAGGGAGAGAGACAAAUGGGGACCUCGGUUUGACUCUCCCCCCUCCACUUCGGCCGCUGCCUCUCAGGCCAAUGCGACUGGCCGGAAAAGGAAGGCCAACUUCUCCAAUGACGAGACGGAGACUCUGGUCUGGAAUGUAGUGCGGCACUUCAGCGCCCUGUAUGGAUCCGAGUCCUUCCGGGCUCACCCCGUCCGGCGGAAACAGCUCUGGACGCAAAUCCAGAGCCGGGUCAACUUCCUGGGCUACACCGAACGGUCCAUCGAUGACCUCAAACACAAGUGGCGAGACCUGAGGCUGGACGUGAAGAAGAAGAUAACGGCCAAGAAGCCCCCUCUUGUACACCGGCCGGGGCCCCCCCACAAGCCGCGCCUCACUCCGCUGGAGAAGAUGGUGGCCUCCACCUUUCUGCAGCCCACCCAUGAUUCAGAACCGGAGAUCGUCCUGGAUCCAGAGAUUUUCUUCCCGGGGGCUUCCAAGCAGUCCUUCAUGCCCCCGCAGCCCGGAGCCAGCCACCCCGGCAUCUACAUCGACACCAACGGGCAGCCCUCCUCCCUGCCGGCCAUGGAAGGCUCCACGGUCCCACGGCUGGCUGGCCAAAGCCCUGAUCCGUCCAUGAUUUGUGACUACAGCAGAGGGGAAGGGCAGAGUAGUUCAGCAGAGUCUGGAACGGAGCUGCGGACCCCGGAAAUGUCAGCCGUUUCUCCUCCUCUGAGAAAUGAGUCCCUGGUUUCCUACGCGUCCAUGUCCGAGGAGGAGGAACAAGACGCUGCAGAGGUAGAGGGUGGGAUGGGCUUGCAGCCCGGCCUCGAGUCGCAGCUGUCCGCUGAGGAAAACGGGAAGGCGUCUGGCCGGCAAACCAUGCUGAUCCGCAGGUCCAACUCACAGGGUUCGGUGACAUCCCUGCCGGAGGACCCCCUCAACCCUGCGGAUGCCCAUUCAGACUGGGGCCACGACAGGCCCUCGGACCUCCCGGCCCUGGGCCGAGUGCUUGGCCCCUCGCAGCCGGAGGAGGAGGAAACCGCCAACCAGAGUGCGGAGAUGGGCUCCUUCCCCCGGAUGCUGAUGGGGCCCACGUGGGAGAAGCAGGAUGGAGAGCAGCAACACUCCCGGUCCCCGCUCCACGUCGGGGCGCUCACGGAGGAAUCCUUGCCCUCUUCCGAGUCCCCCCAGGCAGACCGGGUGCCGGCUUCGCAGCCCCUGCCACGGAGAAUGGGGUGCUCGCGCCUGCGAGAAGGCAGGCGAGAAACAUGGAGGACUAAUAUCCACUGCUUGCUGGACAUGGAGGACCAGUGGGACCAGCUGUACCACCAGGAGCUGGCCAUGUGGCAAGAGGAGCGGGCGCAACAGCGUGAGGAGCGGGCCCGGGACAGGGAGCUCCAGUUCCGGCUGCUUGCAGUCCUCACCGACAUCCGUGACGAACUGAGGCACUUGCGGCAGGAGAGGACGGCGGCCCGGCAGGAGAGGGCUUCCCAGACCACCGCACCAACCACUGUGCCAGCAGCCACCGCCUCACCUCCACGGUCUGACACUGCAGCCGCAGAGACUUCCGCCGAUCCUAUCCCCCUCUUCUUCCCCCUCAAAAGCGAAGAAGGCCUCUCUGGGCCACCCCCAGUUAGCGCUGGCCGGGGAGAGGCAGCCACAGCUACGAGAAGCCCUCGUGGCACUCCUCGUCGAGGUAGGGGCCGCCCCCGGGGCUCUACGUCCAAACACAGGAGGUUGUUCGUGACCAAUAGCUAGGAGCAGACCGGGCUCUUGCUUGCUUCGACCAAUCGGUACAGACUGUGCCUGUGUGCGUGUACAGAGCCUCGGAAUUUCCUAUACGGGGGUACAUGGAGGCCUGGGAGUGUGUGUGGUGGCAGUGGGUGUGAACAUAUAAAAUAUAUUGCACGCUUUGUGAGAAAAGGACACGGGGGCACUCGUGCCUGCUCUCAGAGGAGGACCAUUUAAGAUCAUGCUCAGGUGCUCGGUGAUGCAAGAAGGCAAAUGGCCAUGUGAUCAAUACGGUGCAAGAACUGGUUCACGCCCAAAGCCUUAAGCCAAAUGGAGCCACGCAGAACAGUAAGACAUGAGCCCGUGGCCAUGCUGUUGCCCAAUGGACUCUCCUGUAAAUGAGCGUAAAUUCUGAAAGGUUUGUGGCAGGACACUUCCAGUGCUGAAACACAGCAGGUGGCAUCAGCCAACAUUACAUUCAGCUGUUCAGGUUGCUCAGCCUGGGCAUGUCUGAUGUACACAUGGUUAGUGCAGACAUGGGAACAGAAGGGUGUGAGCGUGGAGAGCCAUACUUGUGCAUAAGGGGUGUGCGCGUGCGUGCCUGUGUGAGAAAGAAUACAAAACCUGUUCAUGUGAGUUGGAUUGCUACUGUUGGAGGGUCAGAGGGGGAAUUCAGCGUUCUUAGUUGCUGUUGGUCAAGCAUUUUAUGCAAAUCAUUUAAUGAACUAAUUUACAUGUAUAUCUAUAAACUUUUUUU